AAUAGUCUUGCUGAUAACAUAUCAAUUAAAUAUUGUGCUUAUAAAAUAAUUGGAUUGCCACUUUCUGCGCGUGUUAGUUUACUUAUAGAUCAAAUCAAAAAUGGCACGUAUUGCUAUUAUACUGUGUUUAAUUUCUUUGGCGAAUGUACGCUCACAUUCAUUACAUCGCCGUGAUACACCACGACAAUUUUUAGAAAUCGAACAGAAGAUUGCCCAAGAAUCAUUCGAGUGUGGAAAACAAUUGGGACUAAAGGUGUUAGAUAUGAAACUGCCUAAGGAGUUUGGCAUAUUUGACGACGAAGAUCAUGCCAUCACAAACGAGUUCUGGGGUUGCAUCUGGUAUAGAAUGGACUUAAUUACCAAAGAUUCCGUUGUGAAUGAAGAAAAUGUAGCGAAUUACUAUUCCGAAAUGCUGACAUUGUUAAAACCUCCAACAACCCUUAACCGCGAAACAAUUAACUAUUUUGUACAACAAUGCAAACAGCUGAAAAGUAAAAAUUACGGACAAAUGGCAAUUAAAGUCCAGAAUUGUAUGGAAACCCGUUUGCAUGUAUACGUAAUGUUGGAACGGCUAUUUUCCAUCAAGAUGGGAUGACAUAGAUGAAUAAAUAAUUCACCUGUGCAUGUAAAAAUGUUAAUUUAUAGAUAUACGACGAAAAUAAAUGCCUAUUUAUUAAUUUCUAAUA